AUGCAAGGAGCCUCGGCCGGCGGCUCCCCGGAGGGGGAGGCGGGGGCCGGUGAGCGGCUGCGGGGGCCGGGCCGGAGCAGGCGCGUCCGGUUCCGUAUGCCGCACACCACCAUCGCGGUGCCGUCGUGCCGCGACGAGGAGCAGCUCUUCUACCGGCGCCUGGACGCGCUCGGGGCGCUGGGACCCGACGGCUUCGCGCCGCUCUUCGCCGCCGAGGGCUGGAGCGAAGUGACGGGUGAGCGCCGGGCGGCGGGUGCGGGGCUGAGGCGCGGCCGGAGCGGCUCUCACGGGAUGCUGCCCGUAGAGGAUCGGCUGCUGCGGAAGCGCGUGCGCUGGAGGACGGCGGUCUGGUGGAGCGGGACCCGCGGCUCAGUUUCGUGCCGGGCCAGGGCGACGCCUUGCAGGUCGGCAGCGCAGGUGGCAGGGCGCGGGGCGCGGAGAGCCCGGCGAGCACAGCCCGUACUCCGUGCCCGCAGGCGCUGGAACUCGGCGUCCCCACCAUGCGGGCCGGGGAGAUCUGCUUCUUCCUCGCCGCCUCUCCCUACGGCUACGGCCGCGCGGGCAGGUAGGACCGGAGGGCCGGGGUGGCCAACGGGACGGGGGCGCGGGGACAGCGGGUGUCGGUCCCGCAGGGAGCCCGACGUGCCCCCCGAGGCGCCGCUGGUCUUCGAGGUGACGCUACUGGAGGUGCGCGACGGCCCCGAUCCGAAGCGGCUGCCGCCCGCCGCCCGCCUCCGCCUGGGCGCGCAGAAACGGGAGCGCGGAAACGUCCACUUCGCGCGGGGCGACUUCGCGGCGGCGCUGCUGUCGUAUCGCCUGGCACUGAGCGCCCUCGAAGGGUCCGGCGAGGAGCAGCGGGACGGGACGGGCGUCGACCUCCACCCCGCGUCCCCGCCCGGGCCGCACGAAGAGGAGCUGCUGGAGCAGCGCGUGAAGUGCCUCAACAACUGCGCGGCGGCGGCGCGGCGGCUGCAGAGGGGCGCGGAGGCGUUGGCGGCCGUGGAGGAGGCGCUGCGCCUCAGCCCGGAUAACGGCACCGCGCUGCUGCGGCGGGGACAGCUGCUGGCCGAGGAGGGCCGCGACGAGGAGGCGGCGCGCGUGCUGCGGCGGGCGCUGGAGCUGGACCCGGCCAGCAAGCCCGUGCACGCGGAGCUCUCCCGCCUGGCCAAGCGCCGCGCCCGCACCGCCGAGGAGCCCCGCGACCGUCCGCGGCCACCGCCGAGCUCCGGGUGCGUGUGGGGCCGAAGCCGCCCCGCGCCGCGCCGCCCGGCUCCGCGCCGCACUCACGGCCGCUCUGCCCGCAGGGAGGGAACGGCCCCGCCCGAGGAACCGCGCUCCGAGCGACCGGGGCUCCGCGCCGCCCCCGCGCGCACGGAGGAGGAGCGACCGCAGCGCUCCCCGCCCCCCGGGCCCACGGGCGCGGCCCCGCGGCUCCUUGCGCCUGCGCAGCAGCUCCCGGCGUUAUCGCCCCCGCCGGCGGAACGGCGGCCGUAG